AAAUAAAUCAAGUGGUAUGAUGAUUGGCUUCUCUGGUUGUUGUCAAAUUGUCUUGGCCCGGAAGUGAAACCGAAGUUAGCUGUUGUUAACACAAGGCGUAGAAAGUCGAGAUGUCCGACAAUGAGCCGGAACCCGCGGGACUGGAAGGCCUCCCGCCGCUCUACAGCAUUUGCAAGGGAGAAGUGGUCUCCGUGCAGACCUACGGAGCUUUUGUCCGCCUCCCGGGCUACAAAAAGGAAGGUCUCGUACACGUGAGUGAGAUGUCAGCCACGCGUGUCGAGAGCGCGGCAGAAAUUGUCGAUGUUGGAGAGAAAGUAUGGAUUAAAGUCAUCGGGAGGGAGAUAAAUGGCGAGAAAAUCAAGCUGUCCUUCUCAAUGAAAGCCGUCAAUCAGGGAACUGGCCGGGACUUGGACCCUAACAACGUUAUGGCAGAGCAGGACGCCAGGCGGCGGAGGCAGUUCCGAGACCACACAGGCAACAGGAUCACACUGGAGGCCGUGCUCAAUACCACCUGCACGAAAUGUGGCUGCAAAGGCCACUUCACAAAGGACUGCUUCUCUGCACCCGGUUUGCAGUACGCUCUUGUGCCUGAGGAGGCCGAGGAAGAGCCACAACAGCAGCUGCAGCAUCCAACUGCAGCUGCAGCACAAAAAGAGAAAGACAAGAAGAAGAAAAAGAAGGAGAGGAAGAUGAAGAAGAGGAAGCGCGAGAGGAAAGGGUCAGACAGUGACGACAACACCAGCGACGGCAGCGAGUGCAAACCCAAGAGGAGAUGUCGCGAGCGGGAUGAUGCCCAGAAGCACAAGAAAAAACACAAGAAGCACAAAUCGCAUAAGCGCAGCUGAGACGGCUGCUCACGGGCAAAAAAAAAUGGCCGCCGCGGCAGUGAGGACGUGUUUACGUUUCAAAUUUGGAUAUUUAUCUGAUUGUUACGUUUUGUUUUUGUUUGUUCCCUCCCCUCCUUGUCAUGUUGCUGACAAGACAAACUUAAUGGUUUCAGUUCCUGGAAAUUAAACAUGCACUCAAGCCAAUAGUACCCAUUGCAGUUUCAUGUUAAGUACUGGUCAGAUCCAUAGACUCAAAAGUCGCUAGACCUAAGCCCCCCCCAAGACAAAUUUUGCUUCAGAGUAUUUUUGGGUCCCAAUGCUAAAACCAAAAGUCCCGAUUCCAUGUUCUAAUUUAAAAAAAGAAAAAAAAUAUCUGUAAAUUGCGAAAAAAGACAAAACUCACGUGUCCUCCAUUUUGUUAUCUGGCCCCAUGUAACCUGAUAACUGUUAGCAAGAUGACGGAAGCAACCACCAAUGAGUAAAAAUCCUCAUUGAGUUUUACACUGCUGCGCUUUCUGAACUUUGGUGACAGUCCAACAAGUCUCACACACACACACACACACCCACCCACACACA